ACAUGCCACCCAAUAGGGAGAACUUCAUUCUUGGUUCAUAGGGAGGUGGCAUCUCAGGGGCUGGACUUUGAGAAGAUAUAAGAGACACCACGGGUCAAGCCGUAGAAGAACUCUCGGUCUGCUUCAGAUUUGGAAUUCCUCUUAUCUUUCUGAACGUUUGGUUCGCAGCCAUGACGACUCCUCUGGAAAAAGCCCUCGCCACCAUCGUCAUCACUUUCCAUAAGUAUUCCGGGAAAGAAGGCAAUAAGUACAAACUGAACAAAGCGGAACUGAGGGAUCUCCUGAUGAACGAGCUGCCCGGAUUCAAGAGCAAACAAAUGGAUCCCACAGAAUUCCAGAAGAUCAUGAGUGAUCUGGAUCACAAUAAAGACAACGAAGUGGAUUUUCAGGAGUUCUCCUGCUUCCUGGCUUGCGUGUCCAUGGGCUUUGACGAGUUCUUCCGCGGCUGCCCCAAACCUCCGCUCCCUAAGAAAUAA